CCCUGUGUACGGAGAGUUAUGCAGGACAUGCUUGCGUGACUUGGAGUGACCGCGAUGGCUGUCCAGAGCCUGGGCAUGAGCUAAACGCUGAGUCAUGUAAAAACAUAUAAGCUUGAUAAAAUGUUCAACGAGCUAAGUGGUGCUCUGGUACUCGAGGUGUGCAGUCCUAAUCAAGGAGGAAGAAGAAAAGAGGGAGAAGACAAAGAUGUCUGGUUACAAGCUUUACUAUUUUCCAAUCCGUGGUAGAGGAGAGAUCGCACGAUGGGCUUUUGCAGUUGCUAAAAUUGACUUCGAAGAUGUUCGAUUGAGUGGCGAAGAAUGGGAUAAGGAAAAAGCGUGUAAGUAUAAAAAUUAGAAUCAAUUAGAGAAAUUUCAUUCGAAUUUUUUUAAGGAAACAUUAGGCGUGAGCUGAGCCAGCCCGGUAAAGCAGGCCAGCCUGGCUUAGUGGGCUUGCUCACUGCAUAUAAACAGGUCCUUAAAUGAGUACGAUUUAGUAAAAAUCACUAGCUAUAAGAAUUUUUUAUAGCUAGUUUCAAGAGCUCUAAGCUGAAACAGACUGCUUUGUCAUGCUUUCUGAGUCUUCAUGCACCAUUUCCUCGAGGUCAAAUAUCACAAUACUCCUCAUUCCAAAUGACUUAAAAUAUACCUAAUUUAGUCUUUUUUGAAUCAUAAAGUUGACUUGAAAGCCAAGAAAUCUACAAUAAUUUUCAGAAAUAUUGAAUGGUUACUAAUGAUCAAGUCUAUAGUCAUUGUUAAAUGACAAUGAAUACAGCCCCCUCCAAUUGAAUUUUGAUCCCUAUAUAUUUAUUAUGGUCGCUCAUGUGUACAGUUAAUCAUUAUCAUCCCAGUGUAUUGACAAGGUAUUUUAAUAGCAUUACAGGGGCCUUUUUAAUUGCUCUAAUACUUUUGGAUACCUGACAGUAUAUUGUACUUUUUUCUUUUUUUAGUUUGUUGAAGUACAGUUAGCUUCCGCUGGCCCGAUAAGCUUAAUUAUCAUACAACUUCAUAAUGGGUUUCAGGAAGGCCCGGCCUUCAACCAAACUAACAAAUAAAGUGUUUCAAAACAAGAAUCAUAGCAGUACUGAUCAAAAUACUUUUUGAAUCUACUGGAUUUUCUGGAUACUCUUAAUCCCGAAUCUCACCCCCACUUUGCUUUAAAAUCCCCAAUCCGGGCCUUCAAAUAAUGCAAAUCCCAGAUCCUGGAAAAUCCACUAGGGUCAGCCCUCUGGCAUGGGGACAAUGACCCCUUCCUGUAGAACUUUAACAGAUUAUAGUAUCAUGAAAUGAUUUCCUGCUCAGUAUCCCAAAUGGUUUAAAGGAUCUGAUGAUGGUAACAUGGCUAAUACAAUCUGUAUGUGUAAAAAGAGUAUUAAUCGCCAGUGACCAAUUGCCAUGAAAGCAGACGUUAGUUCAUUGAACUAGGUAUAUAUAAUUUUGUAAUUCUUAGUUUAGCUAGCUUAGUGGGGGGCCAUUUAGAUUUAUUGGUGUUGUCGUUAUUUUUUUAACCUCUUGUUUAAUAAUGGAUUGAUUAAGAGACUGAUUGAUUGAUUCAUCCCAUUUGUCAGUUCCUUCGUUCUGAGAGCCAAAAUUGGUUUAGGGUGUGUGGUCUAACUUACCCAAGCCUACUAUAUCGAAUCUAGGCUUGAAAUUUAUCUUGAGAGGAAUUGAACAAGAUUGGUAUGAAUUUGUGUCCAAUUCCCUAAAAUUACCACAUCAGCAAAGUCUGGUUAAAAUCUCUACAAUGGCCUAUACGAGGAGGCUCCGCCCGAAAGGGGUACCUUUUUCAAGCUUCAGGUAUAUGAAAGGGUAGGGAUUUCACUAGUUGAAGUAUAUGAAAGGGUAGGAAAAUCUGUCACUUUGGACAGUUAAAAGGCCCAAAAGGGCCAACAGAUACAUUUCAAGGCUGUGAAAAGUUGAGAAAACAAACUUUCUGUUUUUGUGAUUUAUUCAUAUUUGAAAGGCAGUGCAUUUACAGCAGUAGAAAGGGAUGGGUACCUUUUUUGUCAAAAAUGGUGUAUAAAAGGGUAGGGGUCCCACCUUGGGAUGGGGCCUCUCUGUAUAAAUAUGUGGUGAUCACCUCCCCCCGCCCCCUCCCCCCCAAUCGGGGAGUUCAAUGAUUCGCACCCAUAGCCUGUGCAUAAUUAUUUUCAACCCAAAUUUGCUGGCAAAACAGAAACAAUUAAUUUUUUGCUAUUGAUUUUAGCUGGCAGAGCACCUCUUGGUCAGAUGCCAUUUCUUGUGACUCCUGAAGGAAGCAUUCUUGCUCAGUCUGGUGCAAUUAUGAAAUACAUCUGCAAGAAAGGAGGUAAAUAAAGAACAUUCCUUACAGUUACUAAUUUCAUUCAGUUAAGGAAAUUUAGGAGUCAUGUGUAAGGUUUUGUUGGAAAGCAGGGGCAUAGCCAGCCCAUAGACCUGUAGGCCCAGGCCUACAAAUUUUUGUCUUGAUCACUCUACAGCUUGUGAUAAAUUAAGGGUUGUUGGGAUGAGCUUAAGAGCUUAAGAGCUCAAAGUGUUGGUGAGGUCAGUGCGUACUGGUCAUGCCAGCAGUUUUCAAGAUAUGUGGAAAUGAAAGUCGGCCAGGCCUACAACAAGUCGAAAACCUAGCUAGGCCCCUGGAAGGGGUGUGACUACUUGGGUAGAAUGGAGCAUGAUUUACACACUUUGCAUUGCUGUUUGAUUGUGGUAAAGGUGGGGUCUUGAUCACAUUUACUCUGUAAGCAAGUAAAGGGGAAUAAAAUAAGAGACAUUAUGACAAUCUCGUCUCAAGGCCUGUUAGUAAACAAUUUUGUAAAAUCACCAUUCACGAGAAAAAAAUAGCCAUUAAACAUUUCACGACCAAAAAAUAGGGCCGAUCAUGAGCCACAAAAAUACCCUUUUAAGCCACCCUCUCAUUUUAUUUGUUCAAGACCGUGUAUAACCAAGAGAUCAUAAUAGCACCUCUUGGUAAAACCCUCCUUCCCAUGUUAAAGUUAGGAAUUUUUGCUAACAGCUUAUUUGCUAACAGCUUAUUAUCCUUCAAGAAAGAGUCUCUCUUAGAUCAUGGUCACCCUUAGAGCCUCCUAUAUGCGCUACAUUGCGCGCAAUUAUUUCCGCAAUGAAUUAUAAUCCACCGUUAACGUGUGUCUACCAUUCGCAGCUUUGCGUGCCAAAACAGAAGAAAAAAAAAACAAUCUUUAAAUCUUUAGCGGACAAAUUUCACGAAUUUUCAUGUUAAAGUCCAAUCACUGACCAAAACGAUUCCUAGAUGAAUUUCGUCAACAAAGGCAAUAACUAUAACGUGAAUUUGAUCUGUUGCAAUUGCUCAUAAAUGGCUUUAAAACAAGACGGCGUGCAUUUUGUCCUUUGUCCUGAACAGGGUAUGUAUUUUAGGAUUUUUUUUGUCCUAAACGGGGUCAGGGUUUCAAACCCACAGUGGCUCACCUAUACCCCAAUAUUGGUCGAUUACUGUCCUUCUCUCCCCCUUCCUUCCCCUCCCGUACAGCAAAUGCUGCGCAGGAUGUGCGCGCUUAUACUAUUUGAUACGUGCACGAAUAUCUUGGGGAGAUUAGAACGACCUUUAACUAAUUGUUCAAGUUCAUAGGUGAACGUUUGUGAGUACAGUCGACUCUCUCUUAACGGACACCUCUAUAAGACGGAAACCAAGAGUUGGUCCCUGCCUUUCUUUGCUCCCUCUAUUUGACUUUCUAAAUGAAGGACAACUCUCUAAGACGGACAGCUAGUACCGGUCCCAAAGGUGUCCGCCUUCGAGACAGUCGACUGUACUAUGAUGAAGAUUAUGUGAACUGCGGAAAUACAAAUCAUAUUUGAAGAUAUGAUCGUCUCAGUGUUUGUGAGUACUGUUAUGCAAAGUGUCCCCGCAGCAGGAUCAAUUUUUGAACCAAUGAGAAACAACGAACAGAAUUCUUUAAAUCCGUGCACUGGGCAAGACAAGGCCAUGCUCGACAAGUCCCUGCUACGUUGCUCUUGUUUUUAAAACUUAAUUUCAAACCACUUCUAAUGUACUUGUCAGGUGCGUGUCCAUCGGACAGUUUUGACGAAGCACUUGCUGAUAUGAUCCAUGAUGGUGUUGAUGAUUUGCGAAAUGAUUUGAGCAGAGGACACUAUGAGAAAGAUGAGACAAAAAAGGUACGAUUUUAGAGCUUGACUAGUAUUCCCGGGGCGGGAUGCUCCACACGAAAGGGGUAAUUUUUGGGGGCUUCAGCCAUCAGAAACCCAUUACCCGGGGCGAGCAACUUCCAUGCGCUUGUGUCAAGUUUUUUUUUCACAGACCAGUUUAUUUUUAGAACGGUUUUGGCGCGAAUUUUGAAUAUCUUUUAAUUUCCUCAAACCAGUCAGCAAAACCUACAGACCUAAAAAUCAUAUUUGUGUCAUUUGAAUAACAAUUAGUGUUCCUUGUUAUAUCUUAUACGUCGAAUACGCUCAUAGAUAUGAUGGAGAUUCUAUUUUCGCGGGAAAAACUGCCCUAAAAUGUGUCUAAAAAAUAAACUGGUGCGUAAAAAACUCCGGGAAAUAGGCCUGGUAUGGAAGUUGCUCGCUCCGGGUUAUGGGCUCCUGCAGCCAUCUGAAAAGGUAGGGAUUUAACCCUUUGAAGUAUAUGAAAGGGUAGGAAAAUCUGUAUUUUCGGUCUGUGAAAGGGCUUAAAGAUGCAAGUCAUGGCUGAGAAAAAAGUCAAGAAAACGUUCUGGUUUUUUAGUCAACGAUUCAUAUUUGAAAGACAGUGCAUUUACAGCAGUUAAUAGACCUUUGUCACGGGGCGGCCAUUUUGUCUCAGGAGAUUUAAAAAGCUUUGUUUCUGCACGGCUAGCCUCGUUCUCUCUACAAGGUUAGCCGUCUCCUGAGACAAAAUGGCCGCCGCGUGACAAAGGUCUAUAGCCGGAAUGCGAAAGUCUAGACCAGGUAUGUGAAAGGCCGUACCAUGCAUUUGUCAAUAGAAGAGUAGAAAGGGGUCUCUUUUUUGUGAAAAAAUGGUGGAUGAAAGGGUAAGGGGUUGAACUUAGUUAAUUAGCAUUUCCCCGGGACUAGUAGUUUAAAAAAAGCCUCUGUCUAGGAUUGAUGGCUAAUAGGUUUUCUCGGCAAGCGGGAUUUGCCUCUUAUGAAAGCCGGGAUUCGGGAUUUUAAAGCAAAACUAGGGCGAGGUUCGGGAUUGAAAAUACGCGCGGGAUGCUGGAUGUCUAAAAUAUCCAUUAGGAUUACGGGAUUGAGCGAGAUAAAGUUCGAGAUUACGGGAACCCUAUUGGGGAUCCUCUCUAUGGACAAUCGUCAAUUCUUGCUAAGACACAAUAACAUGGUCGAAACUUAAAAGUAACUAGUUUUUUAUUUAGUUAACCGACUCUAGCUUAAGGUGUUGACAAUUUUAACUUCUGACAGGGUAGGCCGGCAAACGCCCCCCACCCCAUUCCAUCAAAAAAAAAAAACACAAAAAGAAGAAAGAAAAGAAAAAAGAUUAUUUGGUUCUUAAUCUACUAUCACGUGUUACCCGCCGCUCACACCGUGCAUGCGAAAACUCACAUUUUUCAGUGUAUUGUCACAACACCAACCUACGACGAAGUUGUGGCCGCCUCUUGUUAUUUUUCUUACCUAAGAAUGUCAUAACAUAGGGUCAUUUUAUAUUUACCGGUAUCUCUAUUUUAGAAAGAGCUAAUGACGAAGUUUUUCUUGACUACUUUUCCUGAGCGGCUUGGCAAUUUUGAGGCCAUUCUCAAAAGCCGAGAUGAAGGCAAGGGCUUCUUUUUUGGAGACAAGGUAAAUAAACAGGAUAAAUAAGUACCCUUAACUCAGAACCGUGACGAGAAUGUGGCAGUUCAAUUUUAGCGCCCGACCCACCCUACAAACCUCAAACCGUCACCCAUCCCCCAUCACAACCCAUUCAUGGCAACCUAGUGAAGGAAACUGAUUGUGAAAGUCGGCAAAUAUCAAAGACGAAAUGCUGCAGCUUAUGUGUUGGGAGCUUCCUGACCGUCUACAAUCCUUUGUUUUUUGUUCAUAAAUUGAGACUGAAUGAAUUAAUCAGGACUCGGAAAAAAGAAGCUUGAAUAGAUCUUUUUACCGACACGGCGGCCAUAUUGAAUUUGUUAGAUUGAAGGAGUAUUAUGGGAUGCCCAGGGGCGCACUUGCUCAGUAUUUACGCGCGCUUUUCGGGCAAAAAGGGAACUUUAAUGUAUAUUUCUCGGGAAAGAGGCGAUCAUGAUAAUUUAUUACAUGCAAACACGGCACAACGAUCUGUGUUUACCGAUUACAAUCUUUUUCUAGGAAAACUUAAAGCAAAAUUGGCCCGAAAAGCGCGCGUAAAUACUGAGCGAGUGUAUCGGAUCGUGCUCAUGCCCCCCUGGGCAUCCCAUAAUACUCCUUAAAUCUAAUAGAUUCAAUAUGGCCGCCGUUUCGGUAAAAAGGUCUAUUCCAGCUUGUCCUUUGGGCAAGCAGUUCUCACAUUUUGCUUCGCCAGGGCCACUUCUUGCCCGUCUUAGUUAAUGAUUUUGUUAGACGAUGACUUGCCUGACCUUUGCCCAUUGGGCAAGUGUUUUUUAAAAGUUGUCUAGCAAGAAAAUCUUCUUGUCCCGGACUGCUGGACGAGCCUUCAUGCGACGUUUUUAUUGGUCUAUAGAAUCAUGAAAUGAUAGGAAUGCUGUUAAACUUUGUGCACCGUCAAGUCCAAAGACAGCUAAAAAAAAAAGACAGAUAUCAAAAAACUCAUUUGGGUUUCAAAACCAUUUCACUUAAUUUACUAUGAUGGUAAAAGUGAGAAGACAGAAGGUAUAGUAAAAAAUCACUUGUCAUUAGAGAAUUUUAAUUUGAGCAAUUCUAACUUGUAAAAACAGACCAUUUUCGUUGCCUUGAGUUGAAAAGUGUCAUAUCUAGUGUCAUAGUUAUGGACUUCGUUGAGAAAAGAAAAUACCGUAAAUAAUCUAAUAUAUCAUUUUAUUUUAAGGGUCCAAGCGGGUGCGUUUAAUAGAAAGUUUGGAGGCGUUUAAAAGAGACUACCGUACGUUUAUUCUUGUAACUGUAACGAACUAGGCAAAACUGAUACGAUAUGCUUUCGGCAAAAAUCCAGUCCUUCCGUCUUUUGACACUCGUUAACACUGCUGCGCCUUUUGUAAGUGCUAGAAGAAAAUUGCAGACAUACUGAGCAAAGCUAAGAGAUCAAAAAGAUCAAAGAGCGUUGGUUACUUUGAACUUAACGUUAAACCUUGAUGACACCUUCAAAGUUGUUCAAACAAAUUAAAAAGCCUCAGCUCUGUACUAAGCGUUUCUUUGUUCCCUUUUUUUCCUCUCCAGCUUACCUACGCCGACAUUUCGUUCGUUGCUUUCAUUAACGGCUUAAAGGUUAGCAUAGACAACCAGAAAGCUAAAGGUAAUCCCAUGCCAGAUGUCGAUGAGAUAAUCGGCAAGUGUCCUCUGUUGGUUGCAUAUAUCAACCGUGUGUUGGCCGUGCCCGAAAUAAAGACCUGGGUCGAGAAACGUCCCGAUUCCGAGUUCUGAGCGCGUAAUCGACACGAUACAUGUAGCACCUGUUAACUUAUUAUAACAAGUAAAAAUGAUACAAAUAAAGUCAGCUUAUAUAAUGUGAAAAUUGUUGUUAUUGGAGGAAAAAUGGGACGCUUUCCAUUCAGACCAAACUUCCGGAAAUUUCGGUUAAUAAUUGGAACGGACCAUUUCGGUUCCGUCCCACCUUUGUAGGCGGUGCACUUUGACCGGUCCGCUCAUUUCGGUCGGUCGGAUCGAAAUGUCCCCAGCACCGCUCUUUUGUAUCUUGCUUACAAGAACAAUAACCAAACGCGCGGUGGCUUCGGUCGGAUCUGUGCAACCAGAAUAUACCGUUCCAUUGAGCACGUAAAAUUUCCGAAAUUUCAAACCUGAAUUUUUUGUUGAAUAGAAAGCACCCAUGGUUUAUAACGAUCUAAUGAUGUGCCUAUCAUCAAUUACAAUCGAUAAUUGGCCAGGCCUAGUCCCUGUACCGCGUCUUCCCUGGCCUUCUCAGUCAGUGCAUUUCAGUGACGUAUCCGAGACGCUCGGACCACGUGACCCUAAAUCCACUGGCCAAGUGACCAAGUUUUGGAAAUGAAAAGUGCUUCUUGUGACUUUCCCUCCAAGAGGGCCAUAAAAAUGAAAAUUACCUAUUUAUUUAUAUUAUUAAUUAAUUAAUUAAUUUAUUUAUAAUAAUUUAUGGCUUACAAUAAUAAGGAAGAAGAAACAAAAGCUAAGGGAUGAAAGGCAACAGAGUCCUCGACCCCAUGUUAAAGAAAUGACUCGAAAAAUAACUACAAUUUAACUCUAAAAAUGAUACAAAUAUUCAUUAGUAAAUUGUUGAUAAAUAAUAAUAAUGGAAGAAUAGCAGGAAUAGAUAAACACUGCACAAAAAACAAACAAAGUAUGUUCUCAUCGAUAAAAAAUGUCUUAACUUCUACUUUACAAGAAUUUACACUUGUUGCCCUACAGAUGUGUUCCGUGGCAGCGAGUUCCGUGUGUCAACAACCCUAUGGUAAUAAUAGUAUUCAAGAAUGUUCGUUCUUGAAUCUCUUCCUAGGAGAUAAAUCAUCAUAAUGUCUAAAAGAAUAGCGUUCAGUUUCCAUAUAAACGUCUUCAUAAGGUUGGACAUCAAUGCUCGCCGAUUUGCGAAAAUUGCGUGAAUCAUUCCAUUCCCUUUCUCCCAGGGCCAAUUUUAGAGACAUAUAUUGCGUCAUUUUAUUUUUCAAGUAUGAGACUCUGUGGUGUGAAUAUCCUUCCUUCCUUCCUUCCAUGGUCAAAUAUGAGACUUUUUCGCCAGGAGUACUCAAUACUUUUCCUUCAAGUGGUUAUUGCAGGAAGUUAAGACGUGAUAGAAUGAAGAUAUAUUGGAAAUGGUCCAGGGUUUAUCGACCCGAAACGCUUUUGACGCGCGAAAUAAUGACGCCUAGGGACUAGGGAAUAUCAUUGAACUAUCGACAAAAUCACGAUAUUAACGCUGCGAUAGCGAUGGAUCGAUAGCAAAAAUGAAACAUCGAUAACAAUCGCGAUAGUGUAGCAAACUAUCGAUAGUUUCUAUACUUCUAACAUUUUGACUUCUUUUGAAAAUAAAGGCACCUUUUCAACCCAUCUUUGAUUCUUAAGGUGACAAUAACCGUAAAAAAAGAAACUAAAAACAAUCUACCGGCCUGCUGCUCCUAGGAUGUUUUAGCGUCUUGAUUUUUGAACAGCAUAGUACCAGUAUUAUAUGACCACUGCUUGUCUUCAUCAUCUCUUAAAGUAUAAGAGGCAUGAAGUAAAAACAGAUCAUUGCUGAAAACUAUCCUAAUACAAUUGCAAUAGUACCUAUACUAUCGUAGAACUAUCUUAAUAUCCAUGUGGCCUCUUGCAAUACAGUUGCAAUUAUAGUUAAAAUUUCCCCAAUUAACAUGUCUGUCAACCCCCCAAGUCUUUUUAAAAUAUUGAGAAUUGACAGGGAAGGAAUGAUAGAACCGCUUUGCCACCCUGUUAUAUUAAUGCAAAAUAUUUGAAAUUUUAUUGUCGGAAGGUUAAGUCUAUAAGAAAUGACAAACUUCGGUGAUUAACCUUGAGCUUUCAGACUCUAAUCUGGAGACCGGGAGAUAUGAUCACAAAACUGGAGUCUCCCAACCUUUUUCUCUCUAUAGAUCGUUUUCACUGUCACGCAACAAGAAAAUAAACUGGAAACCGUCCAGUGGAAGAAGCCAAGAAAACGAAAUGUUAUAAAAGACUAAUAUAUAAACAAUUUGUCCCAGCCUCAGGUCUUUGUGGCCCACAGUUUCUGAGUUAUUUGCCGAAACUUUUCACCCAUCUUUGUAGAGCUUUGUAUGGAGACGCCAUAUUGGUGUACCGUUUUGGUCCACCAAUAUGGCCGCCGGAAAUCAACAAAAACAUCUGGAGUUCACUUUUUCUAUAAAAGUUCUUUCUUUUCACUCGAGAACUAGCAUACGUGUGCAGAAACAUAUCUUCUAAUACUUGAAACGGUUAUACUGCUGAAAAUAAAGAGGAGAGACUUUUUUUCAACGAGACCGUAACAUUCCUCUUUUGGUGUCACGCACUGUGAAAACACGGAAGUUCCAAUUGCUGUAUUUUCGAAAUGAAACGUGCUACGGGAAUGGAAACUUGUUCGAAGAUUUACUUUUUGUUUAUCUUCAACCCAGUGUAAAUAAGAAUUCGUAAAACCUCGCUAUUUUGACUUUACAAUUUGAUGACGUCACUGUGAAAACCAUCUAUAUAAAGGUACAAUAAAGGGUAAGGUAAACCUUACCCUGCGAGCAGAGGCCCUUCGAUCUUUCUAGAUAAGUCGGGAAGAGGAAGGAUCUAACUAAGGUUUACCUUUAUAUAGAGAGAAAACCCAGACUGGAGGAAACCGUUUACAUGAAAACCCAUAAAACGGUCAUAAAUCGGCCCGUGGACAACACAGGAGAGACGUAACACACAUUUUAAGUAAGGUAAGCUAUUGUUUAUUGAAAUCCUUUCAUUUUCGUACGUUACAGAAACGACAGGUUUUUUCUUAAACACAAUGUCGUCGUUCGCCGAUGCUCAUAUUUCGAGCUUGGGUCACCUGUGGCCUCCAGGCUAAUCCGGGAGAGUUGCGUGACUCGAGUGAAGCGGUUACUGUCGGGGCCUGGUUACCUCGGGGCCUGGGUAUGAGCUUGUCAUUUUCAAACCAAACAUUAUAGUUCGGGGAAGAUGUAGCUCAAGUUUUCGACAGGCUAAGCAGUGUUCCACUUGAGGUGUACAAAAGUAAAAAGAAAAAGAAGAUGUCUACUGGUUACCAGCUUUACUAUUUCCCAGGCCGUGGUAGAGCAGAAAUGGCCAGAUGGGCUUUUGCAGUUACUAAAAUUGAUUUCGAAGAUGUUCGAUUGAGCGUCGAAGAAUGGGCCAAGGAAAAAGCAUGUAAGUUACGAAAAUUAGAAGUAAGUUAGUCAGGGUUUAUGGAGGUUGAAACAAACACUCCAGUCGUUUGUAUGCAACAUUAAUCACUUGCACAGCAUAGACUUCUAUACACUUUCGUUCGACUACAAUCCCCAUUAUAUUAAAGCUGACACGAUGCUUUAUUUUUUAAGAGAGAAGAAUAUGAGUAAAGGACAAAGCGUGUAUAUUAAAAGUAAAAGGUUAGGAGCAGAUUAUGAAUUAGCCUCCAACAAAACAACUUUAUUAAGGAGCUUUUCUUGUUUCUAUCUGCUCUUCGGGAGAUAACACCUAUGUAUAUAUAGCUGGGCGAGAACCCCGGGGUGGGUGGUGGGGGUACUCCCAGAAUUUUUGGAUAGGUGUGUGCCACCCUGGGUCUUACCCUAACACUUUUUGAGAGUGAGACAAGCAAAAACUGAUGCCCUAUUUAAAGCCGUAACCCCCAAAAAUGAUAUCCAAUUCAAAAGGAAAAAAAAAAAAUUACAGUAUAUGUGAAACCUCUAACAAAGUCCUCGGUAUAACAAAUGAUUUUAUUUACCCCAGUAAUGGUAAAAUCCAUGAAAAAGAACCUCGAUAUAACAAAACCUUGUUUAUAGUGAAUAAAUUUUUCCAGUCCCUUGGCCCUUCAGUUAAAUCGAGGUUCCACUGUAUUUUAAUAACAACAGUCACAAAACUUUAGUAAAUUGCUUUCCUAUUAUACCAGUACUCUCAGGAAUAGCUCAGGUUUAACAGAUAAUUUGUUUCUCAUGUAGCUAGGCAUAAAAUAUUGCACAUUUAUCUCGUACAAUAUUAUUUAGGUACCCAAUCUAAGGAAAACCGCGGGAGCACUUUACCUGAGAUAGGCAAAAUGAUACCCUAUUUAAGACCUUCAAAAACCAUACCAAUUUUUAAAAGCACUGAAGCACCAUACCAACUCCGUAGGAUGGCCAGUACCUAACGCAUGUGUACAACAUAUCACAUCACCCUACUAGUGGUAGCUAUUGACAGCUGUUUCAUCCUCAUUAGGACUCAUCGGCAUGGCAUAGCCCCAGGCGAGAGGUCUCACUUGCGAUCAUCGACCCAAUUUUGGAGCCUGCGCCGAUAAUACAGGCACCCAUUAAUGCAACCAAAUUUUUUUGACCCAUUGGUGACCAUAUUAACGGGGUUGCACUGUAUAUUUUCAAAGGAAUAAACUUUUUUUAUCUUGUUAAUUUUAGCUGGCAGAUCACCACUCGGUCAGAUGCCAUUUCUCAUUACUCCUGAAGGAAAAAUCCUGGGACAGUCUGGUGCAAUUAUGAAAUACAUCUGCAAGAAAGGAGGUAAACAAAAUUACAUUCCGUAUGGAAACUAAUUUUAACAGUUAUUAAGGGAAGUUACAACUCAUGUGUAAGGGCUAAUUGGUAGGAGUUUGACUAAAUGGGUCAAAUAGAGCUUGAUAUACAGUGGAACCUCUAUUCAGGGAACACUCUCAGAGCUGUGGUAAGUGUCCCUAAAUAUAGGUAGGGCUGAAAUUUGUUAAUAAUGAACCAACUAAGAAAAUCAGUUGUUUUUUUUUUCAUUCUGCCUUGGAAUUAAUGCUGCAGUCUUUAUUGUAAACAGCUGAACAAUGUAUAAAAAGUCAUGAUCACCAGCUGUGUGUUGAUUUCCCACCAGUGGACCACUUAAAAAAAGAGAGAAAGGCCAUACAACACUUAAAAUACAGUGGAACCCCGUUGAUACAGUCACCAAUGGGCCAAAACAACUUGGCUGUAUUAACAGGGUGGCCAUAUUACUGGGGCAGGAUCAAAUUUCAUGACUUGAGGGCCGUAAUGACAAAUACACCGCACGUUGCAUUCACCGUGCUGUUCUCAUUAAUAAUUAACAACCAGAAUGUAGAUAUGGAUUACAGUAAUUGAAAAAAAAUAACGUAAAAUUUUCCUUCAGUGCAUGAGACUUUUUUAAAGUUUGGCUAUAAAUCUCCACAAGUGCAUUUUAAGUGUACUGUAGUCUAAAAACAGUACAAGAAUAAGCUCAGAUUACUAGGUCAAUAAAACUGACAUGUCAAUUUUCCAAAUUUCGAACGAGUGGCUGUUUUAAUGGGGUGAAAUUUUAAGAGAUUCUACAGUCGACUCCCGGUAACUCGAACCCUCUAUAACUCGAACCUCCCUCUAACUCGAAGCAAUUUUCAUUUCCCUUCAGAUCAUUUUCUAUACAAUUUUACCCUUGAUAACUCGAACUCUCAAUAACUUGAAAUUUUUUCUAUUUCGAAUUAACGGAAGUGGACUGUACUGUUUGGGAUUUUAAAACGUGGCCAUUGGCUGUAUUCACGGGGUAAUGUAUGGCUGUUUUGCUAGGCCGAAAAAAACUGGCCAUGGUAAUGAGGUGGCCAUAAGGCGGGGUUCCCCUGUACCUAAAUUGAGGUUAAUCCUAGGUUUGGGGACCCGGGAAAGGUGUCCCUUUCCCCUGAACAGAAGUGUUCCUUCGCAUCAGGAGUAACAGAUACAAAGAUUAAUAUGAGAACAUUUUUUCCGAGACCAAAUUUUGUGUCCCCUGAAUGGAGGUGUCCCAUGAAAAGAGGUGUCCCAAAGGAGAGGUUCCACUAUAUUCACUUUGCAUUGUUGUUUGGAGUGGUAAAGGUGGGUCUUGAUAAUGUCCCACAGAAGUAAAACUGGUGUCCCUGUAGCAGAAUUAAUUUUUGAACCAAUGAGUGACAAUGAGCAAAAUUCUUUGAAUUCGAGCACUAGGCUAGCUCGGGGGAUACUUCUUACAAUAGCCUAUAUUGGGAGGCUCUGCCCAAAAGGGACACCUUUUUCAGGCCUCAGGUAUAUGAAAGGUCUCAGGGAUUUCACUCCUUGUAGUACAGUGUGUACAUGAAAGGGAUACGGAAUCUCUCCUUUCUGUCAAUAAAGGGCUUAGAGAUGCAUUUUAUGGCUGUGAAAAAAUUGAGAAACUGUUCUGGUUUUGUGAUUUAUUCAUAUUUUUAAGACAGUGCUGUUACAGCAGUCAAAAGGGAUCAAAUGUUGUUAACUACGUUUGUGUAAGGGUAGCCUGUUCCAGCGGUUCAGAUAGUAGAGUGCAGCGUUCUGGAACAGGCUAGUGAAAUGGCCUCCCCUGCUACCUCCCUCCCCGCCUUCCCAGAUCCCGCGCGUCCUGUUUCCAAUAACCUUGUUUUCACCACGUCCCUAGUAUCUGAGAGCCUGGCGCGGGCUAUUUCAAGCCCUGAUUUCAAACGAUUUGUGAUAUGAGAAAUGCUGUGAUCACGUUCACGAUGUCACGGGCACAGGACAAAGAAAAGUCUGAGCGCCCGACAGGAAUUGAACCUACAACCUUCUGUACACCGAAUUACUCAUGGCGAGCUGGGCCAUAUACACAAGGUUCAUGUCUGAUUUGUAUGAAUGUACAGUGGAACCUCGAUAUAACAAAGGGCCAAGGGACUGGCAAAAAUUUGUUCGCCAUACCGAGGUUUCGUUAUAUCAAGGUUCUGUUUCAUAUAUUUUACUAUUACUGGGGUAAAGAAAAUCGUUGGUUAUAACAAGGACAGCGUUAUAUCGAGGUUCCACUUUACUUGUCAGGUUUGAGUCCAUCGGACAGUUUUGACGAAGCACUUGCUGAUAUGAUCCAUGAUGGUGUUAAUGAUCUGCGAAAUGAUUUGGCCAAAGGACACUUUGAGAAAGAUGAGACAAAAAAGGUAGGAUUCUUCAGCUUUAAUAGUAGGGAGCUUUAGUAACGACGAUGGCGACGGCAACGAGGACGUCAAAAAAUCAAUAGGUUUAGAUUGACAAAACAACAACUCUGCACGUGCAUCAUGCUUUUUUGUACAUUUCUUUACCGUCCUUUCACGGCUACGACGUGAAAAUGACUAAUUGCAAGUUUUAUGGAGGACGUAAACAAGCGACGACGAAUCUCUUUUUCUCUCUCUAAACUUGAGUGCGGUCCUCAAGAAAUCAACUCCAGGGAAAUUCGCCUACACUUGCCAUCUUCAGCAAUUUGGAAUAAACGCGACAAAGAUUGAAAAAACGGGAAUUCAUUUUAAAACUGACGUUUUCGCUGCCGUUGCCGUCGUCGAUGCUGAAGCUCCCUAGUAUCCGGGGGGCGGGGGUGGGAUACUCCCCAUAAUGGCCUGUACCGGGAGGCUCCACCCGAAAGGGGUACCCUUUUUAAGGCUUCAGCAAUGUGAAAUGGUAGGGAUUUUACCAUUUGAAGUAUAUGAAAGGGUAGGGAAAUCUGUAUUUUCGGUCUGUAAAAGGGCUCAAAACGGUUUAAAGAUGCAUUUUAUGGUUCUGAAAAAGUUGAAAAAAGCGUCCUGGUUUUGUGAUUUAUUCAUAUUUAAAGACAGAAGUGCAUUUGUAUUUUAAAGGCCGGGAUGAAAAGUUGUAAACUAGGUAUGUGUAAGGAGUAUCAUUUGUCAGUAGGUUUAAGACAGGGUUCCCUUUUCUGUCGAAAAAAGGUAUAUAAAAGGAUAAGAGGCUGAACUUUGAAGUUGAGCAAGGGACUAGCCUGCUUCGCAGAGGUAAUUUAACCUCGGUUAGUAACGUCUGCGAAGCAGCGACGCGAUCCUUGUUCUGGGCUCCCGACAGACUCAACGAAUUACCGGAAGUAAGUUUCGAAUUUCCUUUCGUGCUGAUUGGCAAAUUGACAAUAGAGACCGUUAGAUUCUAGGACGAGAACGACUACGAGUACGAGAUUUGGUUUAAAGUUUUUUCGCGUAUUCUCAAAUAAUAGAUCCCCCGGAAAGCCUCAUUGCACUUCUUUUUCACCAAAAAAUAAGGAUUUUUUUUUUCUUUAUUGAUAGGGAGGCUAAGUUAUCUCUCAACCGCAAAAUGAUAAGACCUCCAACACUUUAUGACUCGUUUCCGCUGCCAGGACAUUCUUGCUAAAACUCGUAGUAGAAUGACGACGUCAAUCACGUUUUCCCGCCAAAAUGAAGCUGGUUUACGCACGCGCACUACUUAGCAGACGAAGUUAACCAGAGUUUAGUUUCGUCUGCGGUGCAAGCUACACCGAGACUAGUAGUUGGAAAAGAAGCUUCUAUCGAGGGUGUCCAGUAGGGUUUUCGGCAUUCGGACUUUUAAAGCAAAACGAGGGUGAGAUUCUAGAUUGAAAUUAACAGAGAGUUUAAGCUUCACACAUACAGCAAACGGCAAACGUCAGAUUCAAGUUGAGGAUUUCUCAAAAGAGAAAAUCAGCAGAUAAAAACAGCUCAAAGCAAUUCUUAUGGAUAAAAAAUUGCGUGAAACUACUAAUUUAUGUGUAGAAAUAACGAACAGUGACUUAGUCACGUGGUACAAAUUCGCGUUUGCCGUUUGACCUCUCUAUACGCAGUAUGCGGGAUUGUUGGAUUGCGUGAAAUUUGGUACGGGUUUACGGGAUUGAAGAAUCCUAUUUCGGAAUCUCUCUAUCGACAAUCGUCCAUUCUUAUUAAGAAACAAUAACAUUAUCGAAAAAUUAAAAAGAAACUUGUUUUUGUUUAGUUAACCGACUCUAUCGUAAGGCUUUGAUCAUUUCAACUUCUGACGGGAUAGGCCAUCCAAAAAAAGAAGAAAGUUAAUUGGUUGUUUUCCAAUCUGCUAUCACGUGUUAUUCGGCGAGUACGUCGUGUAUGUGGAAACUCACAACAACAACAAAGUAACGACAAAGGUUUGACCGCCUUUCGUUAUUUUUUCUAAGAAUGUCUGAUUGUAUUUUCCUAUUUUAGAAGGAGCUAAUGACGAAGUUUUUCUUGACUACUCUUCCUGAGCGGCUUGGCAAAUUUGAAGCUAUUCUCAAAAGCCGAGAAGAAGGCAAGAGCUUCUUUUUUGGAGACAAGGUAAACAAACANGUAUGGUUUUCGGCAUUCGGAAUUUUAAAGCAAAACGAGGGUGAGAUUCUGGAUUGAAAUUAUUAGAGAGUUUAAGUAUACGCAUACGGCAAACGGCAAACGUCAGAUUCAAGUUGAGGAUUUCUCAAAAUAGAAAAUCAGCAGAUUGAAACAGCUCAAAACAAUUCUUAUGGAUAAAAAAUUGCGUGAAACUAGUAAUUUAUGUGUAGAAAUAAUGAACAGUAACUUAGUCACGUGGUACAAAUUCACGUUUGCUGUUUGAAGUAAACGUGAUGCUUAACCUCUGUCACCUCUCUAUACACAGCUGGAUGCGGGAUGUUGAAAAUAACUAUCGGGACUAUUGGAUUGCGUGAAAUUUGGUACGGGUUUACGGGAUUGAAGAGCCCUAUUUGGGAACCUCUCUAUCGACAAUCGUCCAUUCUUUUUAAGAAACAAUAACAUUAUCGAAAAAUUAAAAAGAAAAUUGUUUUUUAUUUAGUUAACCGACUCUAUCGUAAGGCUUUGAUCAUUUUAACUUCUGACGGGAUAGGCCAUCCAAAAAAAGAAGAAAGUUAAUUGGUUGUUUCCCAAUCUGCUAUCACGUGUUAUUCGGCGAGCACGCUGUGUAUGUGGAAACUCACAACAACAACAACAACAACAACAACAACGACGACAAAGGUGCGACCGCCUUUCGUUAUUUUUCUAAGAAUGUCUGAUUGUAUUUUCCGAUAUCUCUAUUUUAGAAGGAGCUAAUGACGAAGUUUUUCUUGACUACUCUUCCUGAGCGGCUUGGCAAAUUUGAAGCUAUUCUCAAAAGCCGAGAAGAAGGCAAGAGCUUCUUUUUUGGAGACAAGGUAAACAAACAGGAUAAAUAAGUUACCUUAACUCAGAGCCGUGCCGAGAAUUCGGCAGUUGGAUUCUGGUGCCGGACCGACCCUACUGACCUCAAACCUUACCCAUCCCCCUUCAUGACAACACAAUUAGUGGAGAAAACUGGUUAUGAAACCCGGCAAAUAUCAAAGACGGAAAAAAAAAACAGUGCUGCCGUUUAUGUUAUCGGAGUUUAAUUCCUGCCCGACCACAAUCCUAUUUUUUUUGUUCAUAAAUUGAGACUGAAUGAAUUACCGUAAAUGAUCUGAGAAAAUAAAGGGCCACUCUCAAAUAAAUCCCCCUGUCUAAAAAAGAGAGAGGGGCAUUUAAUAAAACUUAAAUGCGUUGGAGGUGUGUUUAUUAGAUAAGAGGCGAAUAUUAGAGAGUGGGCGCCUAUUAUUUUUACGUUAGAUAUCAUUAAACCUUGAUAACACUUUCAAAGUUGUUCAGACAAAUUAAAAAGCCUCAGCUCUGUACUAAGCGUUUCUUUGUUCCCUCUUUCUUCCUCUCCAGCUCACUUAUGCCGACAUUUCGUUCGCUGCAUUCGUUAACGGGGUAAAAGUUAGCAUAGACAACCAGAAAGCUAAAGGUAACCCUACGCCAGAUAUCGAUGAGAUAAUCGGCAAGUAUCCUCUGUUGGUUGCAUAUAUCAACCGGGUAUUGGCCGUGCCUGAAAUAAAGACUUGGGUCGAAAAACGUCCCGAUUCCGAGUUCUGA